AUGCCCAAGUCUGAGAGUGAUGUUCGGGAGGAGAUAGAAUACGAAGACCGCCUGGCACGCAUUGCCAACCGGGAAGACCAUUCGCGCAGCCGUCUCCAGGCCAUCCGCAAGAAUCCGUGGGCGUUCGGCUGGUGCCUCUACGCCGUGUGGACGAUCCUGCUCGUCAGCGUCGAAGACCAGGCCUCGUACAACGUGCUGAGCAUCCCCGAGUUCAGGAAAGACUUCGGGUCGUCGUUUGGAGGCAACUAUGUCCUUGCGGCCUCGUGGCAGUCGGCCUUCAGCGGCGCCCCGAUUGCAACCCGAAUUAUCGGGGCAUUGGCCGCGGGUCAAGUGGCCGACCACAUCGGCCGUUGCAACACCCUCAUCCUUGCUCUCGCGCUCUCGCUCGCAGCAGUGGCCAUGGAGUUUGUGGCCACGGAGAAAGCGCUUUUCUUCGGCGGGAAGCUGUUGAACGGACUGGCCGUCGCCUCGAUCGAGUCUGUCAGCGGCACCUACAUUGGCGAGGCAUUCAUGAACCUCCUAACCGAGGAACAGAUUGCGCCUCUGGCGCUCCGAGGUCUGACGACUGUCUUGAUGGCGUUCUCGGAUGGCGCCGGCGCCUUGAUUGUAGCGCUUAUCAUUAACGGCACAGGAACGUAUACGAAUAGAUGGGCGUACAGGGUCGUCUUCUGCAGCCAGUUCGGGUUCGCCGCCGUGGCCGCUUCUUUCGUCUGGUUCAUGCCCGAAUCGCCAUGGUGGCUCUUGAGCAAGGGCCAGGAAGACAAAGCAUUGAAAUCACUCCGCCGCCUCGGCUAUACCAGGUCGGACGGGGAAGAUGCGAAGCGUCUCGCCACCAUCAGAGUCACCUUGGAGGAAAUCCGCAGCGAGACCGAGGGCGUCAGUUACUUCGAGUGCUUCCGCAAGUCGAACCUUCGCAGGACAGUCGUCGCCAUCGCACCCCUCUCGGUAGAAAUCUUCGUGGGCGCCAUCUUCACCGGCCUGUACUCGACCUACUACGCUCAGUUGGCGGGCUACAGCACGAGCAUGUCCUUCCGACUCCUCAUCACCCAGCAGGUCCUGGCAAUCAUCGGGAACGUCAUGUCGUGGUUCCUGAUCGAAAGGGUGGGGCGCCGCAACCUGACCGUCUACGGCACUGUCGCCCUGACGGUGAUGCUCUGGGUCAUGGGGGGAUUGGCCGUCGGGGCCAGCCGAGGCGAGUUGAGAGGCGCCAUCGCGACGGUGCAGAUCUACUCGUGGCUGUACAACCUCACCAUCGGGGCGACGGCGUACACGUACUUGACCGAAGUGGCCACGGCGCGGCUGCGCGUCAAGACCAUGGCCGUCGGGUUCGCGACCCAGAGCGGCUUCGGCCUGCUGUGGAGCUUCGUGCUGCCGUACCUCUUCAACCCGGACAAGGCCGACCUGGGCGGGAAAGUGGGCUUUAUCUUUGGUGGGUUCGCCGUUCCUUGCUGUGCGUUCCUCUGGUGGUUCCAGCCCGAGACGGCGGGGCGGUCCUACGAGGAGCUCGACGAGAUGUUCGUCAAGAAGAUCCCCGCGCGCCGGUUCAAGACGUACAAGACCGAGGCGGAGAUCAAAGCGGAGGCGUUGACGAGGAGGACGCAAGAGGCGGUGCCGCAAGAUGACUCUGUCGAUAAGAUCGGAUGAUGAAACUUGAACGAAAUCAGGAAAAAGGGAAUGUCCAAUCACGCAGCUCUCGUGGAAAGAAGAUGAGUAGAGAUUUUGCUGCUUCCUCUCUGGCAUGGUCUAGAUAUGGCAAGAGGGGACUAAUGUGAUGAUCCCAGUGAAUUCGUG